CAUGCCAUUCCGGUUUUCAAUUACAUUUUCAACACUUUCUUAAAUAUUGUUGUUAAAUUAACACAGUUCUUAAUUUUAUUAGUAAAGAUAAAUACAAUACAUUGUGGGUAUCAAUUUUCUGUCAAGAUAUUGAUUAAAAAGAAUAAAGUUGCUUGUUAAUUUCACUACCUACAAAAAGAAAGAAUAAAAUUAUUUUAUAAUUUUGUCUUCACAUAUAUAUGAUAUAAGGUAAAUAAUCUACAGAAGAAAAAGUUGACCUCUUUCAAAUUUUUGUAGAUUGUAGUAAUAGUUCUUUCCUUUUUUUGAUCACGAAUAUUUUGAAUCUUUAAAAUUUAAUUUUUGUAUUUAAAAGUUUCUCAACAGAUAAUAUAAUAAUUGGAUUAAAUAAAGCUCAUUUAAUAAAUAUUAGACAUUUACUUUUAAGAAAAUUAAUAUACUAAAGUCAGUAUGGCCAGAUCGAUCGUUGGAGACGUCUAUACUUGGUCAACAGUUUGUGAAUGGAAAAUCCAAAAUUACACAUCAUACAAUAGUUUGACAAGUGGUAAAGAUAUGUAUAUACGUUCACCUCCAUUUCAUAUUCAAAAACAGACUUGGCAUUUGAGGAUGUUUCCAAAUGGUUCAAAAGAUAAAGCAUCAGAAAAUUAUGUAUCUCUCUUUCUUUACCCAAAUAAAAAUAAUGAUAAGUUAUUCAAAGCCAAAUUUUCAUACACAAUUCUUAAUAGCGAACAAAAAGUUGUUGCUUCUUUCUAUAAUACAAAAUUGACUAUGUUUAACGAUCGAGGAAGAGGAAAAUCAAAUUUACUGAAAAGCGAUAUAAUAAUGAAAACUGAUAACAUUAUAGUUCUAUGUAAGAUAUUCACAGAGGAUACAAUAAUAGCUGAAACAAUUCCUGUUAAAAGUUCCAAUAAAGUACAAAAUUCUAAGGUAUUCAAAGAUUACCUUGAUAACGCGCAAUUUAGCGAUGUAAAAUUCUUUGUAGAAGAUAGAACAAUUUUCGCCCACAAAAUUGUAUUAGCUGCUCAUAGUUCAGUUUUUGCUGAUAUGUUUAAUAAUGAUAUUCAAGAGAACAGAGAUCGUAUAGAAAUUAUUGAAGACAUUAAAUAUGGAGUAUUUUAUAAAUUGUUACGCUUCAUGUACACUGGUGAAACUGAAUUGUCAGAAAAAAUAGCAAGAGAAAUGCUAAAAGCAUCCGAAAAAUAUAAACUUACGAAAUUGAAACACAUUUGUGAAAUUGAAAUGAGUAAAAACUUUUCAACGGAUAACAUUAUUGAAUACCUUAAUUUGGCAGAUAUGUACGAAGCGAAACAUUUGAAGGAAAAAGCAAUGGAUUUCAUUGUCUCUCAUGGGCAAGAAAUGAUUUAUCAACCCGUGGUUGAUUCAUUACCAACUUUUCACGCAGAAUUUUUAAAAGAUGUUUUUCAGAGUAUUUCUACUCAACUCAAUAAGAAACGCAAAAUAUGUUAAUGUCUAAUCAUGUAAAUGAAAUUUCACUGCUUACUUUGUUAUUGUUCGUUUCAACGGCGCUGUUUUGACACAUAUUUGAAAUUUGAAAAAGAUGAGUAUUUCAAUCAAAUCUGAAAACUAGUUUUAUUUAUUUUUCAUAUUUAUUCAUGAAAUUCGCACUUUUAGUAUAACAAAACACAUUGUUAUGAAAAUAUAAAUACAUGUUAUAUACGAAAAUUAUAAUUGUUUCCAUUUGUAUUUUAUAACUAG